AUGAGGGUCGCAGUCAUCGGGGCCGGAUGCGCUGGCGUCACCGCCGUCAAGGCGUGCCUCGAAGAGAACCUCGACGUCGUGUGCUUCGAAGCGGCCUCGAACUCCGGAGGUCUGUGGUGGUACCGCGACGAAGAACACGAGGAUGUCUUCGACGCCGGCACAGUGAUGCGGUUCACGGUCUGCAAUACCAGCAAGGAGAUGUGCGUCUACAGCGACUUUCCGCCGAACAAGGACUGGCCGAUCUUCCUGGGGCACAAGAAAAUGCUCCAGUACAUCCGGGACUAUGCGGACCACUUCAGGGUGACGCCUCGAAUCCGUUUCAGGCACAAGGUCGUCGACCUGAGCGAAGACCUGACGUUGAGGGUGCGCAAUUUGGAGACAGGCGAGGAGUUCGAAGAGAGCUUCGACAGGGUGAUGAUCUGCACAGGACACCACGCGAUACCGUCGGUGCCUGUGAUUGCAGGAAGGAGCAAGUUCAAGGGCCGGGUAAUGCACUCGAGAGAAUACAAGUACACUGACGACAGUAUUCGUGGAAAGAAGGUGGUGAUCGUCGGGUUCGGCAACUCGGCAGUUGACAUCGCCGUUGACAUGGCCGACGUCGCUGAAGUGGUCUUUCUCAGCAUACGAAGAGCCAACUGGGUCGUUCCGCGUCACCACGGUGGCGUUCCCAUCGACGUCGUCUUCUCGAACCAGCUGCACAUGUUCAUGUACGAGUACCUACCGACGAGACUGAGCUCGUGGUUCAUGCAGUCAAUCGCGAACAGUGCCUUCAACCAUAAGGCCCUGGGCCUCGAGCCGCAGCACCAAUUACUGGCUCAGUACGCGGUCAUCAACAGCACUUUGCCGGAGAAGGUGCUGAGCGGACAAGUCAAGUUCCGCGGAGAGAUCGAAGCCUUCACGGAGCAUGGCGUCAUCAUGGACAACGCCGAGGAGCCUGCGGACCUAGUGAUCUUCGCCACGGGUUACAAGAACGACGUACCUUUCGCCUCGAGCGUGCUUACUCGAGACAAGAACUUUCCCUUGCUCUAUCACCGAAUAUUUCCCCCCGAAUACCCUCGCGUCGCAUUCAUCGGGUUCGUUGAUGUCAACGCGUGCGUGUUGAUGAUUUCCGAGAUGCAGGCCCGUUACGCCGUCCAGGUCUUCAUAGACAAGCUGACGCUGCCUACGUCGAACACCAUGCUCGCCGAACUCGUGAUGAAAAUGAAGAACGACCGGAGAUUCUUCGUGCCUUCACCUCGUCACGCUAUGAUGGUCGAUUCGGUCACCUACAUAGGGGACCUCGCGACCACGAUAGGCGUUAGGCCCAACUUCCGUCGCAUGCUCUACACUGACCCGUGGCUGUUCUUCGCCGCGGUCCGGGCUCCCACGCUUAACUACAAGUACCGCCUCGAAGGCCCGCAUGCCUGGCCAGGAGCGAGAGACGCCAUAUUGGGGUACGAGACCCGGAUGAAGGCGCCGCUCAAGCCACCCGCAAUGCUGGUUCGCUCUGAUCGGAAGCGCCUGCAGAUCACCCUCGUCACGGUUGUGCUCCUCAUAGUGGUGCUCUGUCUGGCCGUCAUGCUCACUUCAGAGUUCCCGCUGUUUAGCGCAGUCAUCUGGUGCGCAGGCGCACUGGUGCUUUAG